AUGCCGGCGAGCAGCGUAGGUGACAGCGAGACUCGGAGCAUUAACAGCUUUGCGAGCAGCUUAAGCCAGCGCUCCUUCUUCGGCAAGCUCAGCAAGUAUGAGCUUAAACGCCGUUUUUAUGAAAAAUUGGAUGACUUCAAAAACAAGGUUCUCCUGCAUAAGGAGCAAGGGUUCAUCGUGUACCGGGCCCGCUGCAUGUACUCGGGCGGUGUGGUGGUUCUCAAGGGCUACAGCCGGGAGAGCCUGACCCUGCAGACCCGCCAGCGGGUGUACUCGGAGGUGUCGCUGCUGCAGAGGGCCCAGUGCCCCUUCAUACUCAAGUGCUUCGACUCGUUCGAAGACCAGGUGCUGCUGCCCAUCCUUCAGACCCUGGCCUACCUGCACGCGGAGGGGGUCAUACACAGGGACAUCAAGCCCGAGCACGUGCUCUUCAACAGUGAGAAGGUGGCCAAGCUGUCCGGGUUCUUUCUGUCCUGGGAUGUGAACAGAUACAGCUACCCCAAAGACAUGGUGGGUACCCUGGAUUACGUGGCGCCGGAGGUGUUCGUGCUGAAUGGGCCCAAUGCCAAGCAGCAGCAGGUCACCCACUACGACUACAAGGUUGACAUCUGGGGUGUGGGUAUCAUGGCGUACGAUGUGUUGGUGGGUACUCCCCCCUUCAACACGGACGACCCCAACACUACCGUGGAGGGUAUCUUGAUGCGGGAGGCCGAGUACCCAGACUUCAUGUCGGAUGAUGCCGUGGACUUUAUUGACCAGCAGCUUCACUCCUGUUGCCCGCCCUCAUUAUUCCCAUCAUCAUGGUGGUACAAUCCCAUGACGUGGCUACGUCGCCGCAACAGUUUGGAGGACCUGCUGGCGGCGGAGAACGACAACGGUGGCGGCGGCGGCGGCGGCGGGAUCGGCGCAGGGUCGAGCGCGCAGGGCAGUGGUGGCGGUGGUGGCGGCAGUGGAGGAGGUGCGGGUGCCGGCGCUGCUCCCGGUCGCGGCGCUUGGCAGUUGACUCGAUCCCUCACGUCAUUGGCUCGGAACUUCAUGGGAAAUAGGGCACAGGGCUCCCUGAUCGGUAUGACCCAGGAGAGCGGUGACAGCACCACGGGGGGGUCAGGAGGAGCAGGUGCAGGGGGAGGGGGCAAGAAGGCCUUUCAGAUGCUGCCAGGCCGCAGUACUCGAGCACGAGAGGAUCUCGAGGGGGUUCCGGAGGCUGAUGAGGAGGGGCUGGAUCCGGAGGAGGGUACCGGCACGUUGUCGAGCCGGGUGCUGGCGGCGGACGGCCUGGGCGGCGGCGGCGGCAGUCUCGACUCCAGGAAAAACUCCUUCACGCAGGGGCCGUACAGCCCGCCGCCGCGGCCCGUCCUGGCGUUGCACCUGAACGGCGGCAAGGCCGGCGUCGCUGUUGGCGGCGGCGGCGGCGGCGGCGGCGGAGCCAAUGAGGACGUCCAGAUGUUGAGCGAGCGCUCGUUGGGCGGCAGUUCAACGCGCGAUAGCAGCAUCAACGGCGGCGGCGGUACGGCGGCGGCUGUGAUGCAGCUGUCCGGCGGCUUUUCGUCCAAGGCCCUUGCAGCCGCCAUUGCCGCCGCGGCCGCCGCCGCCAGCGGCGACGCCACCCCAACCAAGUCUCCUGCCUUCCUGCCUCACCCAGUGGCGGCAACGGCGCCUGACGUCAGUGAUGACGUCAUGGUGCUCUCGCCGGAACCCGGUAGCGGCGCUGGCGGCGGCGGCGGCGGCUGCACUGCAUCUGACAACGGCGCGCGCGCCAGCGCAGAUAUGGGCGAGGUUUGCCCCGGCGAGCGCACCGGCGCCGGCGCCGGCGCCGCAGGCCGCGCCGCCACCAUCAGCCCCGCCGCUGCGUCGCUGCCACGACGGCUGACGACACCCGUCGCACACGACUCGGCGAACAGCACUGAGGGGAUGCGGCGCAGCGGCAGCCAGAACAGCAAGAGCAGCGUUACAAAGCAGCUCAUCAGCUGGGUGCUUGACAUGGCUGCACCGUGCCCCACGCCACCGAAACCCCAGGUGGACUAG